UCUCCGGACUGUACGAUGAAAGCCAGACCUCUCUUCAUUUUGCACACCUGCUGCUUUCUGUUCUUUCUUCUGUCGGAUUCAGGGGUUUGUGGCUCUGAAGCCGAGCACAGGCUCUUCUCGGUCAUCUUCUCCAGUUAUAACCAGUACAUCAGACCGGUGGAGAACGUGUCCGAGCCCGUCGUCGUCCAGUUUGAGGUGUCCAUGUCACAGCUGGUCAAAGUGGAUGAGGUGAACCAGAUUAUGGAGACCAACCUUUGGCUGCGACAUAUUUGGAACGAUUAUAAGCUCAGAUGGGAUCCCAAGGACUUUGGAGGUGUUGAGGUCAUCCGUGUGCCGUCCAAGAAAAUUUGGAAACCAGACAUUGUGCUGUACAACAACGCAGUCGGUGAUUUCCAGGUGGACGACAAAACGAAAGCUCUACUGCGCUACAACGGAGACGUCACCUGGAUCCCACCGGCCAUCUUCAAGAGCUCCUGCAAGAUCGACGUCACCUUCUUCCCGUUCGACUACCAGAACUGCACCAUGAAGUUCGGCUCGUGGACCUACGACAAAGCCAAGAUCGACCUGGUGCUCAUCGGCUCCACCAUCAACCUGAAGGAUUUCUGGGAAAGCGGCGAGUGGACGAUCAUCGACGCUCCCGGAUACAAGCACGACAUCAAGUACAACUGCUGCGAGGAGAUCUACACGGACAUCACGUACUCGCUCUACAUCCGCCGGCUGCCGCUCUUCUACACCAUCAACAUGAUCAUUCCCUGCCUGCUCAUCUCCUUCCUCACCGUUCUGGUGUUUUAUCUCCCGUCCGACUGCGGAGAGAAGGUGACCUUGUGCAUUUCUGUUCUCCUCUCCCUCACUGUUUUCCUCUUGGUCAUCACCGAAACCAUCCCGUCCACGUCUCUCGUCAUCCCUCUGAUCGGAGAGUACCUGCUCUUCACCAUGAUAUUUGUGACUCUGUCCAUCGUGAUCACAGUGUUUGUGCUCAAUGUGCAUUACCGCACGCCUAAGACGCACACCAUGCCCGGCUGGGUUCGGAAAGUGUUCCUCGGUCUGCUCCCUCGGGUCAUGUUCAUGAUUCGGCCUGAGAAAGAGCCGGAGAGGAAGAGCAGAUCCUGUGCUCUUCACGCUCCAGGUCUGGUUUCCAGCAAGCAGACGAAUGUUUCGCGCCGGGCUCCUCUGCUGCUGUGCUCCUCUGAGCUCACCAACCUGAGCGAGGCCUCGUCUAAGACGCCGCCUGGCUUUCUGUGUCGAGACGGACGAUGCCUGGGGAAGCAACAAGGCACUAACGUCUCCAGCGCAGGAGCAGAAGACGGAGGGAGUCCGUGCUCCAGCUCUGAGUCUCUGGACGCUGGGUUUCUGUGCAUGUCUCCACAGGUCAGAGACGCCAUAGAGAGCGUCAAGUACAUCGCCCAAAACAUGAGGCUACAGAACGAGGCCAAGGAGGUCCAGGACGACUGGAAGUAUGUGGCGAUGGUGAUUGACCGGAUCUUUCUGUGGGUGUUUGUCCUCGUGUGUAUUCUGGGUACGGCUGGACUCUUCCUGCAGCCGCUGCUGAUGGGCGAGGACAUGUGACGACUUCACAUCCCAACAUUUUCAAGAAGAUUUCUAAGUACCCACCCGACGGCUUACUGUCCUCCUUUGUCAAUUCCUAUUUCCAUCAAAGUCAUGCAACCCGGCUGCAUUAUAUAAGGCUAAAACACAUUUAGCCGAUGACUGGACCGAAUAUUUGGCAUGUAGAUGGAGUAUCAGAGAAGAGUAUUCAAGUGUUGUCUUAAAGGAGUAGUUCACCAAAAAAUGGACAUUUAUUCACCCUUGAGUUGUUUCUUUUCUUUUUUCAUUUUAAAGAAUGAUCACACAGGUCUUUUAUGUGUUUCACAGAAAGCUCCAAAAUGACAAAAAAGCACCAUAAAAGUAGUAUGUACAAACUGCUUUUUUCCCUCAAUGAUAAACAGGCUAUAAUUACAGUUGUUCGCUGAUAAUCUUCCCCUCUAGUCAGCUGUGUAACUCAUGAAUGAAAGAAUCGUACGGUCCAUUCAAGUCCUCGUAAUGAAAAGAGCUGCGUGAAGAUUCUUCAGAAGUUCUGCUUUUGUGUUCCUUCAAAUCUGACUGUCUGUAAACUCACACAUUCCUUCGUGAGAUAUGGCUGCUGUUUAUUGUCACGUAUGAUCAUUAUUUUUUACAUUAAAAAUGAUUUUAAUCUAUCUAAAAACACUUGUCAGGCAUGUUCUUGGGCAAAGUCACAAUCUCCUUGUGUGAGUGUUGUAUACUUUCAGAUAAAAACCACCACCUAGUGGAUACUUUGAGCAAGUCCCUGGUGAAAAGACUAGACGAUUCUUCAGUAAUGGGUCUCUAAAACAGUCAAAGUACUUUUUUCAAACAUGUAAUGGGUGUCCGCUUCUCUGUACAUGUUCACAUGUUCUCAAUGUAUGAUGUAAAACCUCGAUGCACACUUUCAGCUUUCUGAGG